AUGAUGGACGACACCUCGAAGCAGGCGGUGGCUUUAUUCGAACAGGCCGCCGACAAGGAGUCCCACGGCCACAUGAGCGACGCUUUAUCAUUAUACCGACAGGCGUACAAGCUCCACGAGCACGUCGACCAGCUUUAUCGGGCGCAAAUGGUGCCGGCGAAGAUUGAUGGACUACGACAAGAACGCGGCAAAAACGCCGGCGUCCGUGUCGACGACGACGCCGUGCUGAGGAUAGACGUCGACAAACUCCUUCGGCUGUUUGAGAAUGUGGCUGCCGAGGCUCCUGACGGCACCAACGACGAUUCUCAUCUCACGAUCAAAUUGGCAAAAAUGGGGCUCGAAGAAGACGACGAAAUCGUCGAUCUCCAGCCGAUCCUGCCAUUGGAACACCUUCCAGAGGACGUGUGGAUGAACAUACUUGAGAUUCUCGUCGCUACUGACCCGGUGGCGUGGUUUAAGUGGCUGAUUUGCUGUAAGCGCCACGCCUAUCUCGGACUCCUGGACCACCUGACGGUGUGGCGCCAGUUGUGCUACCUCAUAUACCCCAAGCAACACUGGGCGGAAAACGUAUACCUGCGAACAUUGGCGGAUGAAGUGAUCCCAAGCGAUUUACUCAAAGUGCUCCCUCAGUACGAUAACCUGUGGAAAGUAAUGCUUAAGACUCGACCAUUUAUUAAAUUCCUCGGGUGCUAUAUUCUGGCCGUCAAUUUCUAUUCCGAAGGUGGAAAGCUGGAGUUCUCUAGCUCGUGGACUAACCCCGUGAAGAUCACUACUUAUUACCGCUACCUCCGGUUCUACCCUGACGGUAUGGUCGCCAAAGUGCGUACUCUGCUUGAACCGACAAAAGUGGUACCUCAGCUCCUGCGACAUAACCAGCUGGUACGUACACUGGCCCUCCCUGAACUGGGCCCACUACAAGUGGUUAAGGACCCCCACAUGAUCCAACACGGGCGUUGGACCAUCAGCUCCGAGGGGCGGGUGGUGGUGACCAUCGACAACGCCAACAAGUACUACCGCCUCGACUACACCUUCGACAUCAAGCUGAUCGGCGGGCUCAUGCGCCACGCCAAGCUCUCGUGGAACAAGUGUGUCGGCACCCGCAAGAGCCAGUUCCUCAACGACGACCGCGAAGGCGAGGUCGAGGAGUUUUCGUUGCGAAACGAGAAGCCGUUCAAGUUCUCUCGCGUCGCGUCGUACACUUACACAAACUAA